UCCGCCACAGCGCCCGGCGCUCACGCCCCCUUCUCCCCGGCCGGGGCGCGCAUGCCUGCCCCGCCACAGCGCCCGGCGCUCACGCCCCCUUCUCCCCGGCCGGGGCGCGCAUGCCUGCCCCGCCACAGCGCCCGGCGCUCACGCCCCCUUCUCCCCGGCCGGGGCGCGCAUGCCUGCCCCGCCACAGCGCCCGGCGCUCACGCCCCCUUCUCCCCGGCCGGGCUGCGCGCGGCGGAGCAGCGGUAACACCAUGGAGGCCGUGCCACAGCCCCGGCCCUGGCUCCGGCCCGGCGAGGCCGAGGCCGCCGCCGCUCCACUGCUGCCGCCGCCACCCCCGGAGCAAGAGCGGAAGCUGGAGCAGGAAAAGCUCUCGGGGGUGGUGAAGAGCGUCCACCGGCGGCUGCGCAAGAAGUACCGGGAAGUGGGAGAUUUUGAUAAGAUCUGGCGUGAGCACUGCGAGGAUGAGGAAACUCUAUGUGAAUAUGCCGUGGCAAUGAAAAACCUUGCAGAUAACCACUGGGCAAAAACUUGUGAAGGAGAAGGCCGAAUUGAAUGGUGUUGCAGUGUAUGCCGAGAAUAUUUUCAGAAUGGUGGUAAAAGAAAAGCGCUUGAGAAAGAUGAAAAAAGAGCACUUCUUGCUUCUAAGACCACUCCAGCUUUAAAUGUUCCCCAGACUCCUAAGAUUGAAGAUCCCUUGCCAGAUGCUGGUUUGACAAAUCAUGAAGCUGUAACAGAAGAAUUACUCCACUCCUUGGGGAAGAUCAGAUUACUUGAUGUUGGUAGCUGCUUUAACCCAUUUCUGAAGUUUGAAGAAUUUCUGACAGUUGGCAUAGAUAUUGUUCCAGCUGUUGAGAGUGUAUACAAAUGUGACUUCUUAAAUCUUCAAAUUCAGCAACCUCUCCAGCUGGCACAAGAUGCUAUAGAUGCCUUUCUUAAGCAACUGAAAAAUCCUAUUGAUUCUCUACCUGGAGAACUGUUCCAUGUUGUCGUUUUCUCACUCCUGCUUUCUUAUUUUCCAUCACCCUAUCAACGAUGGAUAUGCUGCAAGAAGGCCCAUGAACUUCUCGUAUUAAAUGGCUUGUUGCUUGUCAUAACUCCUGAUUCAUCUCAUCAGAAUCGCCGGGCUAUGAUGAUGAAGAGCUGGAAAAUUGCCAUAGAGUCUUUGGGUUUUAAACGCUUCAAGUAUUCCAAGUUUUCUCAUAUGCACCUGAUGGCAUUUAGGAAAACUUCCCUGCAAACAACAAGUGACUUGGUUAGCAGGAACUACCCAGGAAUGUUGUACAUCCCACAGGAUUUCAACAGUAUAGAGGAUGAGGAGUAUUCAAACACUUCCUGCUAUGUUCGAUCAGAUACAGAAGAUGAACAGCUAGCUUACGGUUUCCUGGAGCUACCUGAUGCUCCUUAUGACUCAGACUCUGGAGAAAGCCAGUCUAGUUCAAUUCCUUUCUAUGAGCUAGAAGAUCCUAUACUGCUUUUAAGUUAAUGUAAUCGUUGAAAUGCCCUUUCAGUCAAACCUCUUGCUUAACUAAUUUUGCUAUACUAACAUGGGCUCAACACACAAAAAUGGUUUGCAUAAAGAAAAUGCAAAGGUUUACAGAGUUUGCUAUUUUUUUCUACUUUUGAAUUUUAAAAUUUAUUCUUGUAUGGAAGUGAAAAAAAUAGAAGUUUUAUGCAAAUGACUCAUGUCAUAGCAUAAAUUGAUGUUACUUUCUUUAGAUGUGUAUCACUAAUUUUUUUUUCAGAGAGGUACCAUUCUUUUCUUUAGUGCUGUGAAGUGUGAAUUCUAUUUAAUUUGGUAAACGUUGUUUUGAUAUUUUAACCAAAUGUGGUUGAGCUUAAGGCACUGGAGUUGGUGGGAUUCUGAGAAGUAUAUGUAGGAAGAAAUAAUUUGCACUUUAAGUAAAAUGUGCAGAUAGGUUAAGACACGUUGUCACACAUGUCCCUUUUUAUGGAACAAAACUUCUUUUCCCAAAUUUGUUUCAUUCUCGUUGAGCCUGGGCUGGAGAAACUGUAGUACUUGCACAUUUGAUUCUUUUUAUUGCAGCCCUCUGGAGACAACAUCAAACUGAGAACACCAAAAGACUGGAAUAUUAAUCCAUAGUUAUACAUACUGUGUAAUUUUGUUGCAUAAAUGGCAGUUAGACAUGAAAUUUCUGAAGAGGCUAUCCCUGCCCUGAAAGGUAUGGUACAUCUAAACAAUUAUGUCUCACUUGAAAACUGGAACAUGAUUUUGCAGUCUCCAUAAGCAUACAAGCACUGACAAAUAACAGUAUUUCCCCAACGAUGGCAUUGUGUGUUCUUUCCAAACCCUGGGUUUGGGGAACGGGGUCAGUUUUGUUGUGUUUUAAAGCAGUUUUUUUAAUUAAUUUUAAAAACAAAUAGCCUUUUUCUUUAAUUGUCCUUAUUUGUAGACCUCCCAAGUUACAUAGUAACCACAGACCAAUUUUGUAAGAAAGAAUAUUACAUUAACUAAGUUUUCCAAGAUUACACAUUGCACAAAGCCAUGUAUCAGACCACACAAGCAAAUUUAAUGUACAACAUUUAUUUAUCUAGACCCAAAAAUCUUCUGUUUAGUUAAAUAAAAACUCCAUCUGAAGACUGGACUGCAGUGUAAGGAGGUGGAGCAGAAAGUUUACACCUACUAAAGGUUGGGUUGUUUGUGUUUUUUUUAAGUUGUGUAAUAAAAAUCUGUGAGGUUUUGCAGGUGAAAAUUAAAAUGGAAAGAAAAAGGCAAUUCUAUUCAGUGGUAAAAAUAGAGGAUUCAUUAUUAGUUUAGCUAGGGUUUCCCUCUACUUAAAGGCCAGAAUUUUCAGAUUUGUGUGUUAGGCUGUUAAAUCCAUACAUAAGUGCCUAAUAAAAAAUGGUUCAAACUAGGUGCCACGUCAUGAUUUUAAAGGCUGACUUCACCAAAAUGGUAGAAAAUACAAGUUUCACAGGUGGGUGUGACAAACUACACCUUACAUCAUGUUAACAUACUAUGUUGUAUUUGUAAUACAGAAGUUUCCAGAUAACUGAGGUUGUAGGGUGGACUUCAGUGGUUGCUACAAAAAUAAAGCUUACUCCUUCCAUUCAAGCUUUGCACUGAAAGUGUUGCAGUCUGACCUACCUGUUUCUCUUUUAGAGUUUCCUACAGAAAGUUGUUCUACAGUGAUCCAGCUUAUGCUGGACUGCAAUGCUUUAUUCCUUAACACAACCUUUUUGUGUAUGUCUUAAAUUUAGAGCACGCCCCAAUGUCCAAUUCACAUUUGUUGUUUAAUCUGAUAUAUACAAACCAAACAUUCUGAUGUGGUCUGGGGAGAAACAAAACCAAAACAUGUUUAGACAUAAAAGUAUCAUGGUUGUUCAGAGAGUACUUCUCGAAUGAAAUGUACGAUGGUUUAAAGGCAGUAUUUGCAACCAGUGGUUUACCACUUCACUUUCACUAAAAUAUUUGUCAUUCAAAGCCCUUCUUCUUCCCACUUAACUACUGAGUCCAUGUGCUCAUGUUGAAGAUAAAAUACUGGUGCUAUAAAUGCAAUUGUUUAUGGAAACUUAAUCUGUGUGUACUUCAAAGUGUACUUAACAUUUUGACUGAUACUCCUUCUAAAAAAAAUUAUAUGCCAUCUAACAUUUUGGCUGAUGCAAAUUGGUUUGUGAUUCACACACCAAAAAAAAAAAAAAAGACAAUUCAGACCCAAGAUUUAUCCCCUAAAAUACUUAAAAUAUCAACACUUCAAAUUUAAGCUUUUUGGCAGGCUGGUAACACCAUUGCCUUUGUGGUUAAGGGGCCCGAGGUUUAGAACAACUUGUUUUUCUUGCUGCUAUUUUUGGGUUUGUUUUGUUUUCUUUGGGGUUUGUUUUUGUUGGGUUUUUUUUUCCUCAGGACAGCAGAUUGCGUUGGAGGAAGAAAGUGGGAUGUACUGAUUGACACUUCCCUGAACAAUAAAGUGGUGAUAUCAGCAGUUGUUGGGUAGUACACUUUGGUGCAAGGAGAAUGUUUCUGUCAUGAAAUACUUGAAAAUUAUGCCUGUGCAAGAGAUCUCUUGUUCUUAAGGUUCUGGAGAGGAAAAGGAGGGGUGAAACAGUGUAUUUGCGUUUCUGUUGUCUUUACAUCACUACUUUUUUGUGAACAAAGCACAUUUAUUAAAUAAAAAAAAAAUAUCCUGAAUACCUUUUAAAAA